CUGUCCACAUGGAUUUAUCAUUAUGCACAAUACCGACUUUACAUUUCAAAUAAAUAAUAGUUUCCGACAUUGUCCACUCAAUGGUGAGAUAGGUAAUCCUUGGACUUGGACCAUGUUCGCCAUUGAAUUAUUUCCCCUGACUUUGCCAGACAGCGAUAUGCGGUGUGUAAUGCUGAUAUUGCCCGAGCAAGGUCGACUUCGCCUGUAACAUACAUAUACAUACAUUGUUCAAUAUUUACAUUAUGUAGAUUCAGUAUAUUUGGGGACAAUAUCACAUUGCUUUGUACAUUAUUGCAUCACUCAUAAUGUAUUCUUCAAGUUAUAAUUAUAAGAAUGUUUUAUCGAUUUAAAAAAAGAGUGAAAAUAUUAAAUGUGAAUAUCAAAGUUAGUUAUUAAGUGCUUUAAAUCUAUAAAACAUUACUGUAAAACAUUAUUGUAAAAAAUCUUUUAUAAUUCAACGUAAAUAUUAUGUACCUUUAAAAACUAGACGUUAUUACAAAUAUAAAUUUUUUAUUACAAGUUAAUAACAUAACUUGUUAUCGAAUCUAGAUGCAUAAGAAAAAAUUGCAGAAUUCGGAUUAUUUAUAUAUUUUUUGGUCUACGGUCUAGAGUAGAAUUUAGGCUGAUAAUCUAACUUAUUUUUAAUGUCAAUUAUUUUUCCACGAAUGCAAUAUAGGAAGAUAAAACAUUAACUUACAAAAAUUGUGACAUCAGUCCAAUCGAAACAAUUAGCCUCCCAAAAUGGAUCACUGGAUUAAUAUGUAAAAAUUACAAGUUAUUUUAAGGACAAAUAUAGAGAAAUUCAAAAUUUUAUAAGUCAUUCAACGUUAUUUGCGAAACCUCAUAGUCGAGAAUCAUCUGUUUUCAUCUUGUUUACGUCUUGUAAAUAUUAUUUUUAUUAAGGGGUGUUGAUUUUUGAAGACGGAUUCACAUGUCUGCUUUCUGUCGCUCGAUGUGUGCGACUCUUGUUCCAUUGCGAUCACUGCCCGUUCUGCGGCAAUAGAAGCUGUUACUAGCUCGCCACAAAUCAGCGCAAGAGCAUUUACAAAACAGCGCUCCAAGUGACUUUGUGAGGUACUACACAUUUUAAAUUGAUGUUUAAAUUGUAACGAAUAAUCUGCAUCAUUUUACAUAGUAGUUUGAUUGCAACGAAAAUCAGUAUAAUUUAAAUAAUAAUAAAGAUGAACGACACACGGAGUGGAAGAAAGGAAAAAUGUCAGCAGAUACAAGUAUUUGUUCGUGUUAGACCUAUCAGCAAUUUUGAGGAAAACAAUAAAUCUACAUCCAUAUUAGAAGUUCCAAAUAAUAGGGAAAUAAUAAUACAUGAACGUCCAAAUGACAAAGUUUCUAAAAAAUUUAAGUUUAAUAAUGUAUUUGGACCUUUGUCAAAACAGAUCGAUGUAUAUAAUGUCGUUGUUAGUCCAUUAUUGGAACAAGUAUUGGCUGGAUAUAAUUGUACAGUAUUUGCAUAUGGUCAAACUGGUACAGGGAAGACAUACACAAUGGAAGGAAUUAACAAUGAUCGAACAUUAUAUUGGCACAGUGACUCGUCUGCUGGCAUGAUACCACGUUCUUUAAGUCACUUAUUUGACAAAUUGCAACUACUGGAAACGCAGGAAUAUACAAUUAGAGUUAGUUUUCUUGAACUCUAUAAUGAAGACAUAUUUGAUCUUUUAUCAUCUAGUAAUGAUGCAUGUAAAUUGAGGCUAUAUGAAGAUGCAUCAAAGAAAGGUGCAGUAAUCAUACAUGGAUUAGAAGAAGUAACAAUACACAAUGCAAGUGAAGUUUAUAAAAUUAUUAAGAAAGGGUCCGACAGAAGGCAAACAGCUGCAACAUUGAUGAAUACUCAGUCUAGCCGGUCCCAUACUAUAUUCUCAAUUACUAUACAUAUGAAAGAAAGUACUGGUAAUACAGAUGGUGAAGAGAUUCUGAAAAUGGGGAAAUUAAAUUUAGUGGAUCUGGCUGGUAGCGAAAAUAUUGGAAGAUCUGGCUCUGUUGAUAGGAGAGCAAGAGAAGCUGGUAAUAUUAACCAGUCUUUAUUAACUCUUGGCAGAGUUAUAACAGCUCUUGUUGAAAAAGCACCUCAUAUACCUUACCGGGAAUCUAAACUUACAAGAUUACUGCAGGAAUCAUUAGGUGGUCGGACAAAAACGUCAAUUAUCGCAACAGUAUCCCCUGCUAGCAUUAACCUUGAGGAAACAUUAUCAACGCUAGAUUAUGCACAUCGUGCAAAAAAUAUCACAAAUCGUCCAGAAAUAAACCAGAAACUUUCGAAACGAGAAUUUUUGAAACAAUAUACAGAAGAAAUUGAAAAGCUGCGAAGAGAUUUAUUAGCUUCACGUGAUAGAAACGGUGUUUAUCUUGCAGAUGAUAAUUAUAGAGAAAUGGAAACACUAAUUUCACGACAGACUAAGGAAAUAGAAGAAAAAAUUAAUCAUAUAAAAGCGCUUGAGAAAAUUAUGCAAGACAAGGAGAGAAUAUUUAAUGAACUUGAAUUGCAAAAUAUUGCCCAGACAAAAGAAUUAGAUGAAGUUAAGACUAAAUUAAAUAAUUUCUCUGAAGCUCUACAGUCGUCAAAUUAUCGAUUAAAAUUAACAACGCAGGAACGAGAUGAGCAUAAAUAUUUAGUAGAGAGACAUAUGAAUACAGAACAAUCUUUAUUGAAUCAGGCUCAGACUUUGCUAAAUGUUGCAGAUACAGCAAUAACAGAUUCAUAUAAAUUACACGACAAAAUUGACAGGAAAAGUAAAACAGAACAAAAAUUUGAAGACCUUGGUAGAACCGUGAAAAGUAAUGUUUGUGAAUGUUUGCAAAAUAUAGAAAAAGAUAUAUCUACAUAUGGUGAAAAAUUAAAGACACUUUUUCCAGCAAUGAAAAAUGACAUCGAAACCUCUACCAAAUGUAAUGGUAUUGACACGAUAGUACAUCGAAACGCGACGAGCAAUUCGAAUCAAUCAGAUACUACUAAUUUAACAAAAAAUAUAAAUGAAUUUCAUUUAGAGUAUCAGAAUUGGAUACAAAAUGAAGUAAGAAAUGUGGUUGGUACAGUGGAAUCUGAAGAUGAAUUAAUGAGUGUCGUUUCUCUGCAAUUGGUUGAAAGCAUCAACAGUAUGAUAGAAAAUGAAAUAGCUAAAAACCUGGAAAUCAUAAGGAAUAAUGUAUCUGAAAAAUUAAAACAAACUUCGACUCUUUUAAAAGAAAUGAUAGAUGCUUCUUGUAAUUAUGAAUUAGAGAUUAAUGAUCGUAUGAGCCAAAGUAUCAAAAGUAUUAUGGAAGCUGUUGAAGUACUUCGUAAAAAACAGGAAUUUAGUGAAAAACAACAGUUAUUUACUAAAAUGAUGGGAAAUCUAUUUUCACAGUCAAACGAAUUACAUAAAAGUCAAGGAAAGCAUUAUUCUGCUACAAUUGACAAAUGUGAUUAUAUUAGUAAAAUUUGUAAUGAAGCUAAUGUUCAAGCAACAAAUAGUUCUAAUAUAAAUGUUAAAAUGAGAAAUGAUUUAAAAGAUUAUAUACAAAGGGAUAUAGAGAAAAUUGAAAAUAACGUUAUUGUUACAACAAGACAGAAUGAAGAAAUUGCAAAUGAGAUUACAAAGCGAGGAAAGGAUUUAAUAAACGAAUUGAAGUCAAAUAUAAAUGAAAGUUGUAAUAUGUCGAAGCAGUAUACAAAUGAUAUGGAAUGUAAUAUUAAGGAAGAGCAACUGAAAAUGGAUUCAGAUAAGAAUAUAUCCCUUUCAUUAAUCAAUGAUGCACAUGAAGUAAUUUCAGAUAUAAGUAAAAACCAUGCAAGAUUCGUGAAAGAUAUAAAGGAAAAUACUGGAUAUGUGUCUCAAAACGUAUCUGCCCAAUUAGAAAACCAAAUGAGGGAAUCAAGUGUGCGGAAUGAUAAUAUUAUUGAACAGUUACAAAUAACAGUUGGUGAAAUUAACAAAUUUUUUGAUGAAGAUUUGCAACGUGAUGUCGCAACAGGAUUAACUCCAGCAAGGAAAAACUUUUCCUAUCCUCGUCAAUUUAAGGUAACGUCUCCACAUGAACAAAUUCUUAAAAAGUUUAGAGAAAGCAGAAAAUUUCUUGAAACAACAGAUGAUGAUUCUAUACAAGAUGACACAAUCACCAAUAGUGAAAUAAUGAAGGGCAUUGCAAAUUCAACUGCAUUAUCUGACAUUACACUUGUAUCUUCUGCAAUUGAUAAUAUAACAUUUGAUACCUCUAUUUCAAGUAGUAAAUUUAUGGAUUCUCAUACUGAAAAUAUUACACAAAUGUUAGAUGUAUCUCCAAAGUUGAUACAAUCCCAUACUAAAUCUGAAUCUGCAAUAUACAGAAAGAAUGAAAACAAGGAAAACAAUAACUAAUAUACAACAAUCAGAACACAAAGUGAAACAAAAAGUGAAGCUGAUAGAAAUAUUUACAGUAUAGAAUUUUCUCCACUUAUUUUUAUACAAUCUGUCCAAUUAACAUUAUGUUAUAUGUGUGCAUGUUAGUUUAGAAAACAUAUAUUACAUGUCUCAAUUUAAUUAUUAGGUGAUAGAAGAUAAAAUAAAUUUGUAUUAUAGAAUUAAAAGAAAUUAACUCUAAUCAUGUAUUCUUGUGUUUCGAGUGAAAGUUUUAGUCGAAAUGUUGUCAAUCUUCUAAGUAUUACAAUCCCGUGGGAAAAAAAUCAUACAAUAAUCUAUGUGGGUCCAUUUUAAAGGUUAAAAACUCUACUUUCUCAUUC